AUGGCCUUCACGACGGAAUGGCUUGCGGGGGAGGCUGACGAUAUUGCAAGCACUGAAUCGUCGCCGACAUCUCCAUUCCCGCCUCGUCGAAGUCUCCGUCGCACCUUCAACGAGACCUACUCGACCAUUUUGCCAUGGUUGACGGACGCGUUCGACACGCUGAGCGCCGCGACGACGACAUCGACGGCGGCAGCCACCUACGAUCCGGUGCCAGCGACGUCGAACUGCGACGAUCUCUCGUCGUGGAACUCCACGAUUUGCAGAGAGCUCAACGUGACCGUCGCGGACGGCUCCGUCGUUAAGUGGGAUCUCCCGUUCCCUCUAUGGCAGACUAUCCUCAUUGGUAUCGCCAUCGGAAUUUGUAUCAUCUUGACUGUCGGAGGGAAUAUCCUCGUAUUGACAGCGUUUAUUGUCGAGCGCACAAUUCGCCAACCGAGCAACUACUUCAUUGUCUCGUUGGCGGUCUCGGAUCUCCUCAUCGGAGUUGUUUCGAUGCCAUUCUACGCAGUAUACGUUUUGAACGGACGCUGGGAACUCGGGCCGGUCAUUUGUGAUCUAUGGCUCGCCACAGACCACACAGUUUGCCUGGUCUCCAUAUACACCGUUCUCCUGAUCACAAUCGAUCGAUACUGCUCGGUGAAAAUUGCGGCCAAAUACCGUUCGUGGAGGACCCGUAACAAAGUCAUCUGGAUGGUCGUCAUCACCUGGAUUCUACCGUUCCUGAUCUUCUUCAUCUCCAUCCUCGGUUGGGAACACUUCAUCGGAUACAGAGACCUCGAACCCGGAGAAUGCGCCGUGCAGUUUCUCAAAGACCCUGUUUUCAACACGUCGCUGAUAUUCGGCUACUUCUAUUGCACGCUUGUCGUUCUCUUCGUACUAUACGGCGGAAUUUACAAGACGGCGAGUAACAUGCAGCGGAAAUCCGCCGAAAAACAGAGGAAGAUGCAGUCACUGGUUGCAAUGGGUCGCGGAACGCUAGACGUUACGCCGGGCUUGGGCCUCGGCUUGGCGAAAGCCGCCCAAGUCAGCGCUGACAGGCCUCCGUUGAGGGUUGAUCUUGGCGGCGCCGACAAUGACGCUAGAUCGACCCCGAAGGAAUCGAAUCUUGUCGGCAACUACUGCAGCAAUGACUCAUCUACCCUCGAGAGUCAAAAGACUUCGUCGAAAUUCGGAAACAACACCGAAACAACAUCCUUCUCAGAGAAGAACAAAGACAACUCCGACCAGGAUCAGGACAGAUCCUCGAGCCCAAUAUUCGAAUCGGACGAAGAAUUCGACGAAGACGACGACGAGGCCGCCAACAAUCAAAUGAUCAAAACACCGAAGAUCAAACCUGCGAAAAGUAAGGUCAAGGCACCGAAACACAAGAAGUCCGACGCGGGGAGGAUGUCGCUCGUGGAAGCCAUGAGAAUGGGGCCUCCAGCCAUCGCUUUGAAAGACACACCAUCGGAGCUAGCCAACAUCGGCGGUGGUUUGCCAGGGCUCGGACUGGGCAUCGCGAGAAGGAGCUCGCACUCCGAGUCGGUGAAACAUUCGACAACCAGCGGGACGAAUAAACAGACUGACGAAAAUAAGAAAGUUACAGAAGUCAAUCGAAGCGCAUCGAUGAACGAAUCUCUCCGGCUGAACGUUUGCAGCAAACCAGCACCUCCGAACUCACUAGACGUCAGCGGUCGCCGUGGCAGUAAACUCAUCGCUAUAACCGAGGUUGCGAGUGACAUCUCAGAGGCAUGCGUCGAAGCAACGGAGCGCGCUGCCGAGGAAGCCAGAGGCAAGAUCGAAGGCGACCGAUGCGACCAAAACCAUAAGGAAGACCCGAACUUCACCUCUACCGAUGACGACAUCAUACAAGAGCUACCGCAGUCGCCGGUAGAAUACACAUCCAGUUCGGGCGCGGUUGCUAUUGUGAUCAGUGAAACAAUUUGUAAACAGCUGCCCACAACCGCCCUUCUGGCCGUCCCUGAUCAGCCGGCAGCCAAAGAUACUCUAGUCAGUAGCGAUUCAAGCAAGAGCCACGUCACCAAAGUCGCCGGGGAGGGAACGCCCUGUGGGGGUUGUAGGCUGUCUCGGAAUACGGCCACCAAUCGAUCGAAACGCGAAAUGAUCUCGUCCAUUGGUGAUCGCUUACGCAAAAAGCGGAAUACCAACGAGAAACGUCAGAAGUCAAAGUCGGAAAACCGCGCUCGAAAGGCCCUGCGCACCAUUUCGUUCAUUCUGGGAGCGUUCGUUAUAUGCUGGACGCCUUACCACAUCUGCGCCCUCGUCGAAGGCUUCUGCACUUAUCCCAAAGGAUGCGUCAACCAUCAUCUGUUCUACUUCACCUAUUUCCUCUGCUACGCGAACAGUCCCAUCAACCCUUUCUGCUAUGCUCUAGCCAACCAACAAUUCAAAAGAACCUUCUAUCGAGUUCUUCGAGGGGACUUCCACAAAACUUGA